UUGUCUGAAACUCGAUUAUGCGUAUAAACAAAUGUUGAGCGAUUUGUUUAUGUUUUGAGGAUUGAACUAUUAUUGUUGCCAAUUAAUUAAUGGAAAUAUUUCCAGCGUUUGUGACAUGAGUUCGGACACAGAAGAACAUUUUUCGGUGAAAAAGCGUGUAAGUAAAGUGUGGACAUACUUUGAUAAAAUUAAUCAACAAAGGGUCCGAUGCCGCAUCUGUGAACAUGAACAGAAUUAUCAAGGAACAACGGGAAAUUUAUUACGGCAUUUAAAAUCCAAGCAUAAGAUAGACGCAACAGUUAAACUUCCAAAUGAAAUGUCUACGUUCCUUAAGAUAAAGUCGGAAGAUAUGAAUAAUAAAGAAACUGGCAAUGAGAAAGAUGUUAGAAUGACAACUCGCAGUGCUAAAGAAGCGAAAAUAAAUCUCAGGUCAAACUCUGAUGAACUCAAUGAUAAUGAUAACAUUGAUCCAUAUCCAGAAACAGCAAUUAUAUUUGAAGGAUAUAUUGAGUCAAAUGAAACAAACAAUGACGUUAAAAAGAAAUUAGAUUUUAUGGAACAAAAUAAAAUCGACGAUAAAAAUGUUAAAUAUACUAUCGAAGAGAAACGUGUGCAAGCAGAAAUCGAAUAUUUUCGUGAAAAAGCUGCAUUCUAUAGAAUGCAAAAAAAUUUAGCUGCUUUGAAAGCGAAAAAAAUAAAAUAUGAACUUGAACAAUAUAAUUAACAAAAAUA